AUGGAUAGGUCGUUAGGUAUGGCCGGAAUCGAAUCACAGUUUGCGAAAUUGUUCGGAAAGGCACAGCACGGCAUUCUUGAUCAUCCAAAGGAGCGCAGCUAUUUACGCCGCACACUUCUCUGGCGACGUGCGGAUCUGAACAGAGACAUGACCAAGAUCGACUAUUCAAAGAAUAGACGGGUACUCUCAUGGUCGUGGAUGGCAGUGACGGGCGCUAUAUGCUUCAUGGAUAUUCCAUUCGGCACUGUGGACUGGAAGCCAGACCUUGGAUCGCCCUUCAACAACUGUGGAGAGUUCGGUGAUACCCCCGGGGCCCUACAUGGCGACGCCAGAGACUUCUACAAGCAGUACAAUGAUCGUGUAUUCUUCGAUCGUGGCCGAGAAUCUGAAUGGAUUCCCUUCAUUGAACUGAAAUGUGUCAUCCUGGGGAUGCAGGAUAUAUCAGGCCGUCUGUUGACCCAUUAUGGCCUACUUGUUACCGCCGCAGAAAAGGGCAGUAACGUCUACGAGCGAGUAGGAGUCGCUGCCUUUGAGCGAGACCGGUCAUGGAUGGACCAAGAACAUAUCCAGCGAAUACGUGUUAUAUAA